CAUGCUUAGUUAUAGUUUAAUUCAUUGUAAACAAAACCUUUGAGUUUGCUCUCGGGGUUUGCGGUUUUAGCUGGCACUGAAUCUUUUUCAAGUAGCUGCCUUUGGUGAAUUAUUAUAGUCAGACUCUACUUCUAUCCAGAUACAAAACGUUUCAUUGACUUCUUCAGGCUGGUAGUCAUGAAGAAAGCAUAUAAUUGGCUGUUCCUCAUCUUGCUGCUGGCUGCAAUUGGGAAUAGCGCAGGGUGCUACUGUGACCAUUAUCCCUGGACUGCCUGGUCUGGCUGUUCAAGGACUUGUAAUUAUGGGACUCAAAAUAGAUAUAGGCAAAUCAAAGUGGAUGAUUAUUACCAAAAAAACUUCUGUGCACAAAUUUGCACCACCCAGGAAUCCAGAGCCUGUAACCAGCAGGCAUGUCCAAUCAACUGCCGGCUUGGAGACUUUGGUUCCUGGUCAGAAUGUGAUCCGUGUGUUAAAAAACAAUUUCGUACCAGAUCCUUUACUCAACUAGCUCAGUUUAAAGGUCAACCAUGCAAUGAACCUUUGGUGGAGUCACGGCCGUGUUUUCCCACAAAACUUUGCAACAUGGAGGAAACAAACUGUGGCAACAAAUUUCAUUGUGAAAACGGUCGCUGCAUUAGCCAGAAGUUAAAGUGCAAUGGAGAAAAUGAUUGUGAGGACAAUUCAGAUGAAAGGAACUGUCCACGUGUGCGACCCGUGUGUGCAAGAAAACAUGAGAGCAUUCCUGGUGUGGACCUAAUGGGCUACGGAUAUCAUAUUCUGGCAGGAACACGUCGAGGUAAUGUUCUCCAUAAUUCUUUUAAUGGAGGCACCUGUAGACUUGUGAAGACCAGUGACUUGAGGAAAACAUAUCGUCUUCCUGCAAACGUAGAGUCUGUUUUCUUCCAGGUAGUGAAUGAAGAAGGUGAGGUGGCUUCGGAAUACUACAAUGACUUAAUUCCCUUUGAAAGCCAUACUUCUGAUAGUGGCUCUUCCACUAGCUCAAGCAAAAGACGAUCUGGGAUCCCAGUCCUGUUCUCCAAGAAGACAAAAAUCCGCGUCACAUCCUCUUACUCCUUCAAGGAAGCAAUACAAGCUUCAAAGAAAAAGGAGUCCAGAUUUAUUAGGAUCCAUAAAGUCAUAGCGGUAUCCAACUUCACCAUGAAGGAAUCAGGCUUGCAGCCAUCUAAGGUGUUCUUAGAGGCACUUAAUAGCUUGCCCCUGGAGUACAACUAUCCCCUUUACAGCCGGAUAUUUGAUGAUUUUGGCACACAUUACUAUUCCUCUGGGUCAUUGGGAGGCAGAUAUGACCUCCUUUAUCAGUACAGUGCUGAAGAGCUGAGAAAUUCAGGUUUAACACAGACAGAAUCACAAGAGUGCGUUCGGACAGAAACAACCAGGCGUAUCGCGUGGAAAAAAAAGAAGAAAGUGAGAAUAAGCUGUACAAGCAACAGAAUGGCUGCUCGUCAUGAAGGUUCAUUUCUGCAAUCCUCAGAGAAGUCCAUAUCCUUCACCAAAGGUGGAAGAUCCCAGUUUGCUGCGGCUCUUGCCUGGGAAGGGAAAGGAGCUUUUCCUGAGGACACCAUCUUUACCAAUUGGCUGGAAUCGAUGAAGGACAAUCCAACUGUGAUUGACUUUGAGCUGACUUCCAUUCUGGAGCUGGUGAAGAACAUCCCCUGUGCAGCAACUAAGCGUAGCAAUCUCAGAAGAGCUCUUUCUGAGUAUGCAGCACAGUUUGACCCGUGCCAAUGUGCUCCAUGCCAAACAAUGGCAAGGCAGUGCUGUCUGGAACAGAAUGCUUGUGUGUGUGCCGGGCUGGGACUUACGGCGAUAACUGUGAAAUACGGACACCAGAUUAUCAUUCAGUUGCGGUUGAUGGUAAUUGGAAUUGCUGGGGUUCAUGGAGUCCCUGUGAUGGUUCCCAUAAGAGGCGGAGAAGCCGCACCUGUAACAAUCCCUCCCCCCAAAGUGGAGGGAAGCCAUGUGAAGGUGAACAAGGGGAAGAGGAAGCAUGCUAUUUUUUCCAUAUUUGUUGACAGGGGAGCUGUAUGUGUAAAUGAUGAUGAAGCGACAAGGGAGGGGGACAUUGCAGUUGAGAGACCUGAAUCAGGAUGCCUCAAACCAGAUCCACCAGAACAUGGAUUUAUCAGGAAUGAGAAGAACCAUUAUGACGUUGGGGAAAAUGCUGAAAUUGUGUGCUUCAGUGGAUACACUCUUACUGGAUAUCCAUUCUUUCACUGCCAGCCUGAUCAAAUUUGGUUGCAACGUCCUGUCGAAUGCCAAUUAUCUGCAUGUCGCAGACCAGCAGCCUCAGAUGUUGUCUCCAUUUCCCCUUUUAAAAGUGAAUAUAACAUUGGGGAAACAAUCCGCCUAAGUUGUGCACCAACCUUUACGUUAACUGGCCAUUCAGAGUACACCUGUGUAAGUGGCCCAUCCUGGCGUCCUGCUGUAGUGAGACUGCUUACCUGUGAGAAAGAUGUUCAUCUACAUUCUCAAAGCAACUGCAAACCAGGAGAAAAGCAACUUGACUCCCAAUGUGUGUGUAUGGACCCUAGAGAAGACUGCAGACACUUUUCUGAAGAUGUCUGUGUCCUAGAUGCCACUUCUGAACAAGCACUUACAAAGCCCAGCUGUCCAUAUUUGUCUGAAAAAUGCCUGGAUCAGCACUCCUUCCAUUUCUUGCAUUCUGGCCCCUGCCGGAGUGGGACCGAUGUGAAUUGGGCUAAGGAAAGGCUCAGAAUUGCCACGGACAGCAUAAAGAGAGAAGCUUGUGGCUAUGAUACAUGUUACGACUGGGAGCAGUGCUCAGAGCCACAUGGUAAAUGUGUUUGCUUGCUGCCUAACCAGUGCCCGCGUGGCGGGCAGCCCAUUUCCUGCGUCCAAAUGAGGACAAGAAAGAUAACAGCAAACCUUUGCAUGCUGGGAGCAUUGAAGUGCUCCAAUACGGACAUUGUAAUUUUACAUGAAGGGAGCUGUCCAAACUAAAAGAUGUCAGUUUUCCAUUCCUGGACAUCAAUAGCAUGAAUGGCUGUUUUUUUUUGCUCUGGCCUUCCCAGAUUGCUUUAAUUCCAGCAUCCGAGCAUCUCGUUUCAGCCUUUCUUAUUCGUGCCAUCACCACACAUCGGAAGUUCAUGACAAUUCCUCUUUUCUCCAACUGAGUAACUGAGCAUGGAUCACGUGCACAGCAUACAAAGAGUUAGCAGUGCUUUGUUUCCACUGUUACAACCACCUUCUUGGCUCCUUUCAUGGGAUGGAAUUCAGUUUUGAAUAGCAAAUGUCAGGA